AGCCCUGUCCCUCGCAAGAGUUCCAGAGCCUUCUAGCCAAAAUCCUACUUGAUGACGAAGCUAGAUCCACCAAGUUUCUGGACUCCUUGAUGAAUCAGUUGAACUGGUCAUUGUCCGAGUUUGUUGGUAUAACACAGGAGAUCCAGUCACUGACUUCCAAAACUGAGCCUCUGAUCCUGGAGCAGAGACAGAUCAAGAUCUGCGCUGCCUGUUUCGAGAUCUCUGUGUGUCUGUUGCGAGUGUUGGAGAUGGUGGCAACAGUGGCUCCUCAAGUCUUCACUGAUUGGUCAAGACCUUCAGCCGAACUUUUUUUGAAGAGAUUAAUGCAGAUCCUCAGUCAGAUCAUGGCCAGAGUUACUAUGAAGGAUGGAGCUUUUGAAAAUACUGUGGCAUUUCGUAUCCAAGGUCUGGACACAGUGACGCUGUAUCCAAUCCUGUCUGUUACCGUGGGUAUCAUGGCACAGCUCAUUGUCAGGUGUGGGGGUAGCAG